GCCAAUCCUCAACGUCAACCACUUCUGGGAAAACCUGCUCUUGUUUUUUUCCCUUCCACAACUUCUCGACAUCUUUAAAUUUGGCAUACUUUGAGCUUACACAGCAUCAUUCAACCCAGUAAAGCUACUUCUCUACCACUACGAAGUUUCUAUCUGUUGGGAGACACCGCUUGAUUCCGACUUGAAGCUACUUGCGACUGCGAUACCCCUCCCCGAACUCAACUACCUGUACCGCUUCAGCUCUACCGAACCUCGUCGUAACUCCCCUCAAGAUGUCUAGAAGGAGUAACACCGUGUCAGGCUCUAACGGCAACACCAAGGAUGUCAUGUCAUCUAACAGCCCAGCCAUCGACAAGCAAAAGACUCUUCUUUCUGCUGAUGUUGGACACUUUUCUCUGGUGCGCGCCAUGCACCUUGCCGACUUGAUCACCCUUAUGAACGGCGCAUGCGGUGUCAUGUCCAUCUUCUCCUCGCUACGAUACGCGCUCGGCGAUCCCAAGGAUUUUGAUAACAUGUGGCUUGCUCUAUUCUUCCUGCCUUUCGGUCUUUUCUUCGACUUCCUUGAUGGCAAGGUUGCUCGAUGGAGGAAGAAGAGCAGUCUUAUGGGUCAAGAGCUGGAUUCCCUCGCUGACUUGAUUUCAUUUGGUGUUGCUCCCGCUAUGGUCGCCUUCACUCUUGGCUUCCGCUCCCUCGCCGAUACCGCUGGUCUUACCUUCUUCGUUCUGUGCGGCCUCACUCGCCUUGCUCGUUUCAACGUCACUGUCGCCGUCUUGCCCAAGGAUGAGACUGGCAAGAGCAAGUACUUUGAGGGAACACCCAUCCCCACUUCGCUCGGUAUGGAUGCCGUCAUGGCCUACUGGCUCUCUCAGCGCUGGGUCCACGACAACCUCCCCUUCGGUGUCUGGUUCCAGGGCUCUGCUCUCGAGUUUCACCCUGCCGUCCUCCUGUUCAUGAUUCACGGUUGCCUCAUGACCAGCAAGACUAUCCGCAUUCCCAAGCCCUAGAGGGCUUACUCAAAAGACCAUUUAACAUUGUAUAAUGGCGUGGCAUAGCCACAUUCCAACUUGGGCGGAGUACCGGAAAUAUGACUCUGAUACGGCGAUGUGCUUUGCUAUUUUGGAGGUGUGUUGGGUUUGGGCUGAAGGGGCAACUUUAAGUCAAAAAAGAAAACAAGCGAUGUGAAUUGGUUUCAGAGCACACGGGCGAGGACAUGUUCUUGUUUUGCUUGAUGGUCUUGGUAGGGGAAUGGUUCACGUAGUUCAUUGAUACGAUGGUAGUUCAUGAUACCCA